AUGAACAGACCACGAGCCCGAUUUAUGUGCGGCACGAUCCUGCUGCCUUUCUUGUGCGCGGUGUUUGUCCUCGAUCUGCGGACUACGAACCGCUUCAAUAUUUGGAGUGGAGCUCGUCUCCAAUCCUCUAGUUCCCUACAGACAAAGCCUUCCGGUCAUCGAGAACCUUGCAACUGUUCCCUGUCACUAGAUAGCAAUCGCGACCAAAGCACCGCUGACCAAAACAAUCUAAAGCAGAAGGAAGCGGAGAAGUUGAUUUCCGAGACUCCACCGCUGCGGUUUUGUCGCAUUCCCCGCAUCCAGUUUGGACCGCGAUCGAAAUAUUCCAAGUACGUUACUUUUCAGUGUGGAGGAGAAGCCUACUACCAGUUAGGACAGCGGCUAUCCGCCUACGGUGAACGCGGAGGGACCCAUCCGACCAAUAAAACGAUUCCGAACGUCGCGUGGGGGCGACGCAGUUCCAUACCCUUGCGGACAAAUCAAUCCGCAUUGUUUUUCGGUAAUUCGCACACUCGGCAAAUACUGGAAAGCUUCCUAUGUCAGUAUCAGGAAUACAUUGUUGAUGGCUCUUUAGAACGGGACAGUUCUGAAAAUGUUGGUUUUGUGCGCUUCGCCAACAAUGCGACUGUGCAGUGGCUGAUCAAUAGUUGGGUAGCAUUCAGCGAGGAACUGCCCAAAGCAUUGCCACUUGAGUUGAUUGAACCGCGUCCCCUGGAUACGUUUGAUGUCGUUGUCCUGGGUGCGUUUAACAAUCUACCAAACCAUCGCACAACUCGCUCGUCACACAAGAAGGCGACUGGCUCGGCCUACCUGAAGGCCAUGGAAGAGGCAUCAAACAAUCACCCGGAUCUGAAUUGGACCAAACCUCCACCAACCCUCCUCGAUUUAGCAGAGACUUGCUCUGCAAAAACGACUCUAGUGGGAGUUAGUAUGUUUAAAGCUAGAGGGGGGUCAACUGACUACGACGGCUUUUUGCGACACUACGAGCUGCUGCAAGAACAAGGUCGUUCCACAGUGCACCUUCUGAAAAGCCGCCAACACAUUGCCACGGUCGGCGAAGGUGGAUCUAAUCAAAAACACAGUGUAGAUGAGGCCCUGGAAGGUGCGGCCGGGGAAAUGUCGCAUCGCUGUACCGGACCUCAUGGAAGUGUGGUAGACUUGACCGUUUGGGAUUUCGUGGAGGUACUGACUGUCAAGAAGGAUUAA